AGCGACGCCAUGUUCAUUUGUCAACGGACUCUACAACGCAUCGGGCUGCAAAUGUGACAUUGCGAACGAUUUUCAAUUGAAAAAAAAAACUAAAGUGAUUAUUAACGAGCGAUUUGUACAGUUUAAUGGAAUAAAGUAAAAAUGUCGGCAGAAUUGAAAAAGAGAAAUCGGGAGGAAUAUGAGAUGCAAUUGUUCGGCUUUCACUCGAGAAUAGUUUAUGAUACUCUACUGUCCCUGAUUGAAGACGAGAUCAAAUCAAAAUGCCAACAACUCACAGAAACAAUCAAAGACAAAUAUAAGCCUGAUGAGGAGGGCCUGAAGAUACUACUGAGGGAUGGAAAAAAAUUGACAAAGUGUUAUUAUCGUGCAACUAGAACUCAUUUGCCAGCGCUCGAGAAUUGCGUGAAUAGGAUUAUUUGUGUCCCUUCGCAUGUGCUGCUGGAUGAGGAUAAGGUACAGGCUGUACAAUACAGUGAUACAGAAUUCAGAGAGAAGCAUGAAAGGCUGGAAAACUUACACAAAAGAUUGAAAAAGGCUGUAACAUUUAAUACGACCCUCAAAGACGAGCUAGAAGUAGCCACUGAUCUUGAAAACAAAUUAGAAGACGUUAAUAAGCUGUGCAAAAUCAUCGAAGAUGCUUCUCAGGUGCCAGACACCAGUAGAACCAUAAUAAAACUCAUUGAGAAUUACCAAGACCUAGUGCGACAGCUUAGGAGUGUGCAGGACCCACCUGGAAUUUACCUGAGACGAGAGUACCACGAACCCCUCCAGGACCUCGACAUCGAUCUCCUUCCAUAGACUGAAUCUACAGCAAAAAAGCCUUAAAAAAACAAUUGUAAAUUUGUACAUAACUAAAUCUAUCAUAUUAUUAACGUCUUUAUAAAGUCAAAAACUAAUGUAGAAGAUUUUCAAUUGCCUUUUCAAUAAAAUUCUGUGGCACGUUUCUCAGAAAUUAAAA